ACUAAUGUCAUAACUGACUAACUAGCUUAAAUAACCAGAACACACAUAUCAUCCACGCUAAUAACAAUGUGCUCUCGCAUUUGAAUUAAACUGAAACGUAACAAAUGUUCAAUAUUCUGCAACACAGUAAACAUCCCACUUAAAAAACACUCCAAACCGCCUCACUUUUUUUUUUAUCUCGCGCACCCCUUUGGGAAACCCUGCUUUACGGCGCAGUCGCUCAGUCUAUAUAACUACAUUUCCCAUCGCCCCCAGUCGUGCAGUGAUACGUUAUGUCGUAAAAAGGUCCGUCAACAAUACCAACACGAAGAUGGAGACUACUAUAGUUGUUUGACAGUUCCCUUCUCUGUCCUUGUUUUAUCCCCCAAUUAUCUGAAAUGAUAAUGACUGUUCAGUAACCAAACCUAAAUACUUAGUUGGUUAUUUGAAAUGGAGGCAAUGGAAGACGACAGUUUGGACGUUAACGACGACCACAACCACAACUAUCGUGCGAGCGGUAGCAGCAGUAGAGUUCACACGUAUCUCAGCAGCCAACUGUCGGACGGGAGGACCGUGCCGUUGAUAGUCUGGCCACCGGUGCGGAGAGCAGAGCCGGGAAUUCAUCGAGGGACACCGCAGCCCCGAGUUUGUACCGGUGAGCCGAAGUUAGUGGACUCGGAUUCAGACAGUGAAAGUGAAGUCAGCGAGUCUGAGUGUCCAGCUCCAACGGCAGCUGUCAAGGGAAAAUUCACCCUGGAUUCCACGUCAAAGUUUCGUAAGUUGAUUUACAACGUCCUGAAUGCCAUGGCUGUAGAAGACUACAAGAAAAACCACUGGCCAAACUUGGAGAAGGCAAUUGACCGUCUUCUCAUUCAGAAUCCUACAGACCACAUUUCGGUCUCCUAUGCACAGAUAUACAGUUAUAUCUACAAGUGUGUUUGUCAGCAGCACUCUGAGCUGCUCUACAAUGACCUGAUAUCAAAAAUAACAAGUCAUCUGCAGCAUGUUUCCACCCAUCUGCAAGCCAGUCCGCAGGAGAACUUCAUCCAGAACUUCAAUGUUGCACUGACAGAAUUCAUUGCUUCCCUGCAAUGUAUUGUUCCUGUUUUUAUGUAUUUGAACAAGUUUUACGUGGAGUCAAAGCUGAACAGAGACCUCAAGGAGGACUUGAUGAAACUGUUUGCUUAUCAUGUAGCAGAGAAACACGUGAACACACUGAUGCCUCUUCUCAUUGAAGCUCAUUCCCUGCCCUUUAAGGUGCAGCCAGCUACGAUGGCCAGUGUAGUAAAAGGUCUCUACAGUCUACAACCAGAGUGGGCCCAGUUGGCCCCAGCUCUCUUCUCUGCCUUUAUUCCCCAAAUCAACCCUCCUGCUGUGGAGUCUCUGCUGUCUGACUAUGCUGCUCAUGACCAGAAGCUCCAGAUGGAGUUGUCCAUGAAUGGAUUUUCACGGGGUGACCAGUCCCGCAAACGGGCCAGCGAUGACUCCUGAUGUCGGCAGUCUUUUUUGCUACAACUGUUACUGUGCCUCCUGCAUCUUAAUCACAAGUUGGCUCACUGCACUAGAUACAAUGUUAACAAUGUGUCAGUUUCCUCGUUUGACACAAUAAUGUCACAAAAACACUGUGAACAACAAAGAGAACACGUUCAGCGGUUGUGUUAAAGGCCAUUGCUGUUGUUUGCUUCAGUAUUUGUAGGAUGCUGAAGUUUUGUGUCCUGAGAGUGAUCAUGUUCUCUUCAUUUAACAGUGCCUUCACGAUAAUGGGCUGGUGUUGGGGGUUUCAUUCCUAACGUCUGGUGUCGAAGUGUCUGCACCCAGGCUAAUUAAGACUUCCUUUUGCUGCUAAUAAUAUUGUCUGUGUUAAAACUAAGUCUACAUCUUGUGUAAAACCUAGUGUAUGCAGUCACUGACCUCAAUAUCUAUUCUCCUCCUAUAGUUGCCUUUACCCUGGUGGCAAACUGGACAGCAAUUUCCAGUAGUUUCAGUGAAGAAUUCCAGUAUAGUGCUUUUCUAUUACAUAUGAACAUAUAAAUUACAUUACAUAUGAAUGAAAACAUACAUUGUUAAUGUUGUAUGCUACCUGAGCCAGUUAUGUUUAUAAAAGUAAGUGACUUUGAGCUUAUGUUUAUUGUAGCGACUAGCCAGGGACAUCCCUGAUAUGAGUGCCAGAGACCUUAAAACGCCACAGAACACUGUUUGAGAAUUUACCCAUUUCUCUCUCACUUUCAAAAUCUUCUAAAGAUCAUCUAUAACCUGUUUCAUUUGGGUUCAUUAAAAUCAUGUUGUUUCUGGGAUGUCCAUAAUAACUUGUAUCCUGGUAAUGAUGGAAGUACUUCCUGUCCUAAUUACAGUACUUUACACAAUGUAUAAAAUUAGCUUUGAAUAAAAAAAAAA